AUGACUGCGUCUCCACCUCUGUUUGGACUCACCGUCGAUCAGUGGAAGUCGACUCAAAUCUCUUCUGCUGACCCUCUGAAGAAUAUCCUUGAUCUAGUAGCAGCCUAUGAUCCCAAGGAUCCUGCCUGGAUCACAAUUGCCUCUCCAGAGCAAAUCAAAUCUCAAUGGGACUCAUUGCCAAAGAGCCUCCCUCUUUAUGGUGUUCCAUUUGCUGUAAAAGACAAUAUUGACGUAGAUGGAUUCCCCACUACUGCUGCUUGUCCUGCUUAUAGAUACAUUGCGCAAGCUGAUGCUGUAGUUGUAGCGCUACUCAAGAAAGCUGGUGCAAUUGUCGUGGGAAAGACCAAUUUAGAUCAGUUUGCUACUGGUUUGGUUGGUGUUAGAAGCCCUUACGGCAUCCCUACAUCGACUUUUUCAAGUUCCCACAUUUCAGGCGGUUCCAGUUCAGGUUCUGCUGUCGUUGCAUCAAAGGGUCUAGUGCCAUUUUCGCUUGGAACUGACACUGCUGGGUCAGGUCGUGUUCCCGCUGCUUUGAACAAUUUAAUUGGUGUCAAGCCCACUGUAGGUGCAUUCUCUGCUACCGGUGUGGUCCCUGCCUGUAAAUCGCUUGACUGCGUUUCUAUCUUUACUCUAUCCCUGAAAGAUGCUCAAUUGCUCUUUUCGCUUGCUGCUGAGUAUGAUCCCACAUAUGGUUACUCGAGAAGAUUGCCCACUAAACCUCUCAAAACUUUUGGUAAGCGUCCAUUGUUUGCUAUUCCCAGCAAUCCCAAGUGGUUUGGCGAGGAGCAAAACAAGGUUGCUUAUGAAAAGGCAAUUGAAAAGUUCAGAUCUCUUGGUGUUGAAAUCACUGCUGUAGACUUUUCAAUUCUUUAUGAACUUGCCGACUUACUGUAUGAAGGUCCUUGGGUUGCUGAGAGAUAUGCUGCCAUUCGCGACUUUAUGCAAUCUCCUGAGAAAAUGAACAAGACUGUAUAUCAAAUUAUCAAAAAGGCCGAGAAUUUCACUGCUGCUGACUUUUUCGACUUUGAGUACCGUCGUAAGGACAUUAUCAAGAAGAUUGAAGCUCAAUUCGAUCAUUUCGAUGGUAUGAUUGUCCCCACUUGUCCUUUGAAUCCAACUUUGGCUGACCUCGAAGCCGAGCCUAUUCUUGUCAACUCCCGCCAAGGAACUUACACCAAUUUUGUCAAUCUUUCUGACAUGUCUGCAUUGUCUAUUCCAGCCGGUUUCAGAGAAGACGGCUUGCCAACAGGUGUCACCCUGUUGUCCAAGGCAUUCCAUGACUAUGCUUUGCUUGAUCUGGCACAAAGAUUCCUUACUGCUGACAAGACCCGUUUACUAGGCAACACUGGUGUCUACACUAGUUCUGAAACUGAUAUUCUAGUGUCUACUCUGCCUCAAUUGUCAGCUCCUGAAACAAUUCCUUUGGCUGUUGUUGGUGGUCAUUUAUCUGGUAUGGCUCUCAACUGGCAAUUACAGAAAGUCAAUGCUACACUCGUAAAACGGUGUCUUACUGCCAGACACUACAGACUAUAUGCAUUACCAAACUCCAAUCCACCUAAGCCCGGUCUCCAGAGGGUUGGUCCAGGAUCUAACGGCGAAUCUCUUAACAUCGAGAUUUGGAAUGUACCCACUGAGAAGUUUGCUGACUUCAUUUCAAUGGUCCCUGCUCCACUCGGAAUUGGAUCUGUCGAACUUGAAGACGGUUCUUGGGUGAAGGGCUUUAUCUGUGAGGAAAUUGGAUAUGCUGGUGCAAAGGAUAUUACCAAGUACGGAGGUUGGAAAAAGUACAUUUCUCACACUAGUAAUGGCAGACCAUUCAACACUGUUUUGGUUGCCAAUCGUGGUGAAAUCGCAGUGAGAAUUAUCAAGACUUUGAAGAAGCUUGCUAUUCACUCUGUUGCUGUGUAUUCUGAGCCCGAUCGUUAUGCUCAACACGUUCUGGAAGCUGAUGACGCUGUAUUUUUACAGGGAACCACUGCUGCCGAGACUUAUCUCUCGGUUCGUAAGAUUCUCGAUGCUGCUAAAAAGACUGGAAGUCAAGCGAUUAUUCCAGGCUAUGGAUUCCUUUCGGAGAAUGCUGACUUUGCUGAUGCCUGUCAGGAAGAGGGUAUUGUUUUCGUUGGUCCCAAUGGAGACACUAUUCGUAAGCUGGGUUUGAAGCACUCUGCAAGGGAUAUCGCUGAAAAGGCUGGCGUACCACUUGUUCCUGGAAGUGGCUUACUAGACACUAUUGACGAUGCUUUGAAGGUCGCUGCCAAACUCGAGUACCCUCUUAUGAUUAAGAGUACCGCUGGUGGCGGUGGUAUUGGUUUACAAAGAGUUGACAACGACGAGCAGCUAAGAAAAGCUUUCGUGACUGUGCAACGUCAAGGUAUGGCAUACUUCAACGACUCCGGUGUGUUCUUGGAAAGAUUUGUUGAGAAUGCCAGACACGUUGAGGUUCAAGUGUUUGGUGAUGGUUACGGCAAGGCUAUUUCUCUGGGUGAGAGAGAUUGUUCCCUCCAAAGAAGAAACCAGAAGAUUAUUGAGGAGACUCCUGCUCCUCGAUUCCCUGAGGCUACUCGUGAAAGAAUCAAGAAAGCCGCUGAAAUGCUUGCUUCCAGUAUGAAGUAUAAAUGUGCUGGUACUGUCGAGUUCAUUUACGACGAAAACAGAGAUGAGUUCUACUUUUUGGAAGUCAAUGCUCGUCUUCAAGUCGAACAUCCUAUUACCGAGAUGGUUACUGGCCUUGAUCUUGUGGAAUGGAUGCUUUACAUUGCUGCCGACAGAGCUCCUGAUUUUACUAUUCCUGUCGUUUGCAAGGGUGCUGCCAUGGAGGCAAGACUCUAUGCUGAGAAUCCAGUCAAGGAUUUCUUGCCUUCUCCUGGUCAACUUACCGAUGUCAGCUUCCCAUCUUUUGCUCGUGUGGAUACGUGGGUUGAAAAGGGUGUCAAGAUUUCUGCUGAGUACGAUCCUACUCUUGCAAAGAUUAUUGUUCACGGUACCGACAGAGCAGAUGCUCUUGCCAAGCUCAAUGCUGCUUUGAACGAAACUGUUGUCAGUGGUGUUAUUACCAACCUUGACUAUCUCCGUUCGAUCGCUGGAUCUACUAUGUUCUCGGAAGCCAAGGUAGCUACCAAGGUCCUCGAUUCUUACAAGUAUCAACCUCAUGCAAUUGAGAUUACUGCUCCUGGCAGUUAUACCUCCGUUCAAGACUACCCUGGACGUCAACUCCUGUGGCACAUUGGUGUUCCUCCAUCUGGCCCCAUGGAUGAGUACGCUUUUAGAAUUGCCAACAAGAUUGUUGGAAACCAUCCAAAAGCCCCUGCUAUUGAGUGUACUUUGGUUGGUCCCAGUAUUUUGUUCCAUCAUGAUGCAGUCAUCGCUCUUGCAGGUGGAAACUCGCCUGCUACCUUGGAUGAGAAGCCAAUCUCACUGUGGGAGCCAAUUGAAGUUAAAGCCGGCCAGAAACUUGUUGUUGGAAAGCUUUCAUCUGGUUGCAGAUCUUAUAUUGCUAUCAGAGGAGGUAUCGAUGUUCCUGAAUAUUUGGGAAGUAGAUCGACUUUUGCCUUAGGUAACUUGGGUGGUUACAAUGGAAGAACUCUCAAGUUUGGUGAUGUUUUGUUCUUAGCUGAACCUGAACUUGCCAGUUGUACUAUCCCAGGCCCCAUUUCAGAGCCAGCCCCUGUCCCCAAAUCGUUGAUUCCUACUUACUCUAACUCUUGGUCAGUUGCUGUCACCUGUGGUCCUCAUGGCGCCCCUGAUUUCUUCAAGCAGUCCAGUUUGGAAACAUUCUUUUCUAGCGAAUGGAAGGUCCAUUACAACUCUAACAGAUUUGGUGUCCGUCUUAUUGGUCCCAAGCCCGAGUGGGCUCGUCCCGAUGGUGGUGAAGCUGGUCUGCACCCCUCCAACGCCCACGAUUAUGUCUACUCGUUGGGUGCCAUUAACUUCACUGGUGAUGAGCCCGUGAUUCUUACAUGUGAUGGUCCAUCGCUUGGAGGAUUUGUUUGUGCUGCAGUCGUUAUUGAGUCGGAGAUGUGGAAGAUUGGCCAAGUUAAGCCUGGUGAUAAGAUCAAGUUUGUUCCUGUUACUUUUGAUGAUGCCAUCAACAUGAAGAAGAAGUACGAGAACGUCGUUACUGAAUUUGAGGAUACCUCUUCCCAUUUGGGAGAAAUAACUCCAAGCCCUAUUUACUCUCCUGUCCUGUAUUCUCAAAAGGCAGACAAACUCAAUCCCGAUGUUGCUUACAGAUUUGCCGGUGACAGAUAUAUCCUUGUUGAAUACGGUGAAAACAUUAUGGAUUUGAACUUAUCUUACAGAGUGCACCGUUUAACAGAGCUUGUACUUGGUAAAGUCGAAGGUGUUUUGGAAAUGUCAUCAGGCGUCCGAUCUGUGUUGAUUCAGUACGACUCGUUGAAAGUCAGCCAACAAGAACUUCUUAAGAAACUAACUGAUAUUGAGAAAUCGAUCUUGUUUGUUGACAACUGGCAGGUUCCUUCCAGAAUCAUCAAGCUACCCCUUGCAUUUGAAGACAAGAAGACCCUGGCUGCUGUUGACCGUUAUAAGGAGACCAUCAGAUCGUCGGCUCCCUGGCUCCCCAAUAACGUGGACUUCCUUAAGGAGGUAAAUGGAUUGUCUGACAGAAACGAUGUUCGUGAUAUUCUGUACCAAGCUCGUUUCUUAGUUCUUGGACUUGGCGAUGUCUUCUUGGGUGCUCCUUGCGCUGUGCCUUUGGAUCCUCGUCAUCGUCUGCUAGGAACCAAGUACAAUCCAUCCAGAUCAUACACUCCUAAUGGAACUGUGGGAAUUGGUGGUAUGUACAUGUGUAUCUAUACCAUGGAAUCGCCCGGUGGUUAUCAACUCGUCGGUCGCACAGUUCCAAUCUGGGACAAGCUGAUUCUCAACAAGGCUUCGGGUGACGAUUCGCGUCCUUGGUUAUUGUCUCCAUUUGACCAGAUCGAGUACUACCCAGUAAGUGAGGAGCAACUUGAGAAGUUCACUGAGGAAGUCGAGCAUGGAAGAUACAAGUUUGAUAUUGAAAACACCAUUUUCGACUACGGCGAGUAUACUCGUUGGUUGAAGGCCAACCACGCUUCUAUUAAAGCACACACUGAACGACAACUUGAAGGCACUGACGAGUUUGCCAGAAUCAUUCAAAUCUCCAACGCCGAGCUCCAAAAGUCCACCGGUCCCAAAGACCACGGUGUCGAGGAGUUCUCUGAGAACGCUGUCCAUGUCUACUCCGAAGUCACUGGUCGAUUCUGGAAGCCCUGUCUUGUUGUAGGCGACCGUGUCGUCAAAGGAGGUGGUGUUGUCAUUCUCGAAGCCAUGAAGACCGAGAUGGUUGUCAACGCCCCUACCGAGGGCAAAGUGGUCAAGAUCUACCACGAAAACGGAGACAUGGUCGAGGCUGGUGACCUCGUCGCCGUCAUCGAGCCCUAA